AUGGAUGCAGAUUUAGCAAGACAAUGGGAGGAAUUCAGCCUUACUGAGAAGGAGACAGGUGUGGUAAUCCUACCAUUCAAAGUAACACAGAAGCUCAUGCAACAAGGCAAGUUUUGUCUAUUGGCUAUGAUAAUAGCAGAAAGAUUAGUCAACCGAGAAGCUUUCAAAACAACCAUGUCCAAAGUAUGGAAAUGCAAGAGUUGGAUUCAAUUCUCAGAAGUAGGAACCAACAAGUUUUUUAUAGAAUUUAACCAUGAGCAAGACUUGCAACAGGUUAUAAGUGGCAUACCAUGGUCUUUCGACAGAUGGUUAAUAUGUCUACAGCCAUUUGAAGGCCACAGGUUGAUUAACAAGGUCCUCUUUCACAUAGAGGUGUUCUGGGUGCAGGCCUUUAACAUGACAUUUGCUAGCAUGACACAUGAGGAAGAAACUCAGAUUACAGAAAACAGUGGGAGAGUAUUAACUGUCCAAGCAGAUGAGAGGGGCAUAGGCUGGGGGAAAUGCAUGAGGAUGAGGGUGGAAGUUGACAUCUCCAAGGCACUCAAAAGGGGAAUUUUCCUGACUUUUGAAGGGAAAAAAACUUGGGUAUCCUUCAAGUAUGAACGCUUGCCCAAUUUCUGUUUUAAGUGUGGGGUAAUAAAACAUGACCAGAAGGGGUGCCAUGCUGCAUCCACAAGCAAGGCUAAGUUGCAGUAUGGCUCUCGGAUGCAUUCACCAUCUUUUAAUGAUCAUGAGGUCACAAGGAAGAAGUAUGGUAAUGAACCUUGCCACCAACAUGCAGAAGAGCAGCCAUAG